AUGAGACAGCUGGCACAGGUACCAGCACUGCAACAAAAAGUGCAUAGGAAUUUUUGUUGCCUGGCAAGGAAGUUUCUCAAGAUACCCAGCAUCACCGCCCUGAAGCUGGCUGAGCCCCCGCUGACACACUUUGACAACGACAACAGCCAGCUGCAGCUGCUCUCCAUUCAGCUCUUCAGCCAGGUGAUGGAGCUGGGAGUGGAAGAGGGGGAAGAGCCUCUGACAAGAAUCCUGAGCCAGAGCCUGCUCCCUCUAUUCCUGCGCUUGGCACGUGGCCAAGGACCCUCGCGAAGCACUGCUUUGUGCCGCAUGCUGCCCGAGGAGGACGGACCUGGAGGAGCUGCGGAUGAAGUUCGCCCAGAGCCUGGUAAGGACAGCCCGGCAGCCCCAGCCGCAGGCUGGAGAAGCCCCCUGGCCCCAGUGCUCAGCGUGGGGGGCUGGCAGCUGUGCCCCUGCCCAGCGCCGCACCCGGGGCCGCCAGCCUGCGCCCCGCACGCCGCUCCCUGCCCUGGGCCGUGCGGGCCGGCUCGGCCGGUGCCCGGCUUGGGCAGCGCCCGGCCGAGGGGCAGAGCCUGCGCCGGGCCUUCCCUCCCAGCGCUCCCCGCAGCUGUUUCAGGACCAGAGCCCAGCGGCCGAGCACCUGCGCUCCGCCCUGCCGCGCCUGCAGAGCCCGCAGAGGCCCCUGCGAGAGACGGCCGUCAGCAUCAUCGGGGUGGCCGGAGCUCAUGACGGGGCAGAAGGAGGAGCUCCAGGUCCUCGCUGAGGUUCCUGAAGCCGUCAGGGAAGAUCAGAGCCCAUCCUGCAGGAGCACACUGAUCCAGGUUGCAUUGGGAAGAAGAUCUGAGCGACUUUCUCUGCUGGAUCAGAUAGACCGGAGUCCUUCGGCCAUUUCCAGCUCCCAUUGGAGAUGGGAGCACCUGCACAGCAGAAGGAACCAGCUGGAGCUCCAGGCACAGCUCUAGCUGCUCACAGCUGAGCCUGUGGAAAGCUCCAGGAGCUCCUGCCAGCUCUCUCCCUGUUGGCAUCUCCCUCCCUGCAGCCCUCAGGCCCUGUCCAUCCCCCUUUUUACCUGCCAGCUCACCCCUUCCCUUCGCUUUACCUGAAUAAACUGUUUGGCUUUUGCACGUUACCCGCGUCUCCGUGGAGCUGAAGCGGCGCAAAACCUGAGCCUGGGGACACGUGGGGCCCUGCUGCCCUUCUCUUCCGUGCUGCACUCUCUGCACGGACAGAGAGGAACAAGGGCAGCUCAGGCUGCAAAGCUCCCUAUCCUGCUGCUCCAGUUGCACAGCGCCGUGGAGUUAAAGGUGGUGCUGAGCACGCUGAGGGGGACAGUGACCCUGGGUUUUACAAGACCCAGCUUGAGUCUG